AUGCUGUUUCUCAAGGAAAAUCCGUUCAGGAAACGUCUGUGUCAGGUGUUCUCCAAGAACAACUCCGGCGCGCUCACUUUUGACGACUUCCUGGACAUGAUGUCCGUGUUAAGCGAAGCAUCUCCGAGACAGAUUCGAGUCGCUUAUGCUUUUCGAAUUUUCGACUACAACGAUGACGGGUACUUGGGAUGGUCGGACUUGGAGCAAGCCGCAAACGAGCUCACUUCAGGUGGGCUGGACAAGGAUGAAGUCCACGUCAUUGUCGGCAAAAUCAUGGAAGAAGGCGACAUCGACGAUGACGGGAAGCUGUCCUUCAUCGAAUUUCAGCAUAUUAUCGAACGCACACCCGACUUCAUGACCAACUUUCAUGUUCGUAUUUAG